GGAUUUCCCCUUGAAUCCAGUUUAAAAUAACCAAUAUAUUCGACUCUUUGACAUAUUCGUCCGAAGAAAUGGAGAUGCCACUUCCCAUAACCGCAAGUAUCCACCUAGCUGCGCCCCUCUCCUGCAGAACUUCCCUUAUCAAUUUCCGCUUGCUCAACUACCAUAACUGUUGGGCGAGGCUUAGGCGCAAUCAUACGUAUGUUCGAGUUAACCCGAGUUCAGAUGUUUGCCAUAAGAGCGCUGAUCACGAAUUUAGCGUUGCGGCUUCCGCUAACAAUGAUUGCCAGGACGCUGCGUUGACCGGAGAAGAAAUGGGGAAUAUGCUUCAUCGGAGUAUUUGGGAAGAGACGGAUUUCGUUGAGGUGUUUGGAAUAGGGAGUCGAAAAGACACCAUUAUUGACUUCUGCUUGUCAUCUUCUUCAUGUUCACCGGUUUUGAGAUUUUGGAACAUUCUUGUCAAAGAUUCUGGAAAAGUGUUGUUGCAACAGAGGUGUCCGACAGAAGAUGUUAUAGCAGAAGUUGUGGAAGUGCCAUCAUCAUUGAGUUUGUGCUCUAAAGCAAUUAUACUUGUGGCUAAUGCAGCUUAUGGUGGAGAUUAUGUCUUAUCACUUGAUAUUCUUAGGAGAGUAAGAUCUGCUGAUGGACUAGUCAUUGGAAUAAUCCUGAAACCUUUCUGCUUUGAAGGACGACGGCGGCAGGAUGAGAAGGGAUGGACAUCACCAAAUGCAUCUGGCUAUCUCCUGGUCUAACCUUCGAAAUGUAGUGGAUUUUACUAAAUUAUCUUGAUGACCGGUAUUAUGAAUGAUUUGGUUGAUGAGCUACAAAAGCAAGCUAAUUUUUGUAUAGUUAUUGAUACUGAUGCACUUCUAGCAAAAGAUCUUCUAACUCUGGAUGAGGCUCUGAAAACAUCAAACAAGGCAGUUUUGAUGGCUGCAAAUGCUAUAUCUGCUCUUGUAUCUGAUAGUUUCACACGGUAUCGAAAUUUACCAAAUAAUUGCUGUGAACUACUCGAAAUGCCACAGCUAUCAAAUAUUCUUAAGGGCUAUAGAGAAGCUAAAAUUGGAUAUGGUGUUGGCUAUGACAUCAAAACCUCUAUUAUGCGAGCUGCAUAUGACUGCCCCUUCCUUGGAGUGUCUUUACAGGAAUCAGAUGGUGUGAUUUUAUGUGUUAUUGCAAGUUCCAGUGCACUUGAUUCUCAUGAUGUGAACAUCAUCUGCCAAAUGUUUCGGCAAACAACUGGAUGGAAGAGGGAACUUGUAGUAUCAAUUAUUCAUGAAGCCAACAUGGAUGCAAAUUUGAUACUGACUACUCUAAUUAUGUGUGGGUGCAUUGUGCAGCAACCAUCAUACAGGAAUAGCUUACUUUUUAGAUUGGCCCAACAUUUCCCCUUCAUUUCUAAUUUCUUCAAGAAGCCUGAUCCUCCUUGUUCUGCUAAAAUGUCUUAUAUGGAUUCCGUGGAUGGUAUGAGGCCCAUUCAAUGCAAGGCUGAGGAUGUACCAUUUUAUGGUAAGGAACUACAAGACCUAUCUCACAUCACGGGUGAAGAAAAACUUCUCUCAAUGGGUUGUGAAAGCGGUCCUGUGCAAAGCAAAGUUGCAUUCUCUGCAACUGACUUUUCUGUCAUUCAUGAUGUAAUCAAUACUGAAGGAGGUGUUCCAACUUUCAGAAGAGAGCUACUUACAAGGCAAAACCUGCAUCCUGGAUUUGAAACCAGACAAGGCGGCGUGAAAGAAGGCACUGAUGACCUGGAAACCUAUGAAUCUGACGUUAGCAGAACAUUCAGACUCCCAGUGGGUGUAAAACAAUUAGAGCAAUCAAAAAAUGGUUCAACUGCCUCAAACUCCUUAAAUUGGACAGAAUGGACGAUUGAUGAAAUUAAAAGGGCACAAACUCCGGAUGAUAAGGGCCUCAUGCCUUGGUGUAGAAUGAACCCUGACAGUGAGUCUAUGUUGGAAGUGGAUAACCAUGCAUCAAUAGUAACACAAGGCGAUCAGAACAAUUUUUCAAAGGACAAGGGAGUUCUUUCAGUUCGUGCAGCCUCAAUGCUGGAAUCUGAACGAGAUACACAGAAGAAGUGGACUCCUGUAGUUGAAAUAAAGUACAGGGGAGGCAUAUACAGAGGACGCAUCCAAGGAGGACUUCCUGAAGGAAAGGGACGUCUGUCUCUUAAAGAUGGAAGCUUAUAUAAUGGCAUGUGGCGCUAUGGAAGGAAGUCAGGGCUUGGCACAAUGUACUUUAGUAAUGGUGAUAUCUACCGCGGUUCAUGGAGGGAUGAUUUGAUGCACGGGAAGGGAUGGGUUUACUUUCAUACUGGGGAUCGCUGGUUUGUGGACUUCUGGAAGGGAAAAGCAAAUGGAGAAGGGCGUUUUUAUUGUAAGAAUGGUGAUGUAUCAUUUGGCCACUUCAAAGAUGGAUGGCGGCAUGGUCAGUUUCUUAAUUUAAUCAUUGAUGGAACAAGGUAUCUUGAGAUAUGGGAUGAAGGCGUCCUUACAAGCAGGGAGGUUUCGGAUUCUGAUGAUAUGGCUGCUGCAUAGAAUUUGCUUAUGACCAUUAUGUAUUUGUAAAUAUGUGUAUUGCGAUUCCAAUAGCUAGAUGGUGAAUUCAUAUAAUUAGCACCGAAAGGCCAGGAGCCAAUGAGGGAGGUGGAUUCGGUGGAAUGGUGGAGUUUAUUCUGUGGCAUAUUUAUUUUAAUUGUAUAGUAAUAUAAUAAUCGUGCA